AUGAGGAUUACUGAGGUCGUUAUCGACGGUUUCAAAUCGUACGCCGUGCGUACGGUGAUAUCGGGAUGGGAUGAAUCCUUCAACUCCAUCACGGGCCUUAACGGCAGUGGUAAAUCCAAUAUCCUCGACGCCAUUUGUUUCGUCCUCGGUAUCACGAAUAUGUCGACCGUCCGCGCGCAGAACCUGCAAGAUCUGAUCUACAAGCGUGGUCAGGCCGGUGUAACGAAAGCUAGCGUAACCAUCGUCUUCGAUAACAGGGACACCGCCAAAUCCCCGAUCGGUUUCGAAGAAUAUGCGAAUAUCUCCGUGACUCGACAGAUUGUUCUUGGCGGUACGAGUAAAUAUCUGAUUAACGGCCACCGUGCGCAGCAGCAGACCGUGCAGAAUCUUUUCCAGAGCGUGCAGCUGAAUAUCAACAAUCCCAAUUUCUUGAUUAUGCAGGGAAGGAUUACGAAGGUGCUCAAUAUGAAGGCGGUCGAGAUUCUGUCUAUGAUUGAGGAGGCGGCCGGUACGCGAAUGUUCGAGGACCGGAGAGAAAAAGCGGCAAAGACGAUGGGUAAGAAGGAGUUGAAGUUGCGUGAAAUCGAAGGCCUCCUUAAGGAAGAAAUCGAACCUAAACUCGAGAAGCUCCGGUCCGAGAAGCGAGCUUUCCUGGAUUUCCAACAGACUCAGAAUGACCUGGAACGUCUUACUCGCUUGGUUGUUGCCCACGACUAUCUUCGGAGUAACGAGCGGUUACGGGUUGCGGGCGAUGAAUUCGAGAGUAAAAGGCGCAAGGUGCAGGCCAUCGAAGAUAAUGCUGCCAAGCUUAAGAGUGAGAUAGCUCACUUGGAAGAGGACGUGAAGCGGGUGAGAGCGGCUCGUGAUAAGGAACUACGAAAAGGCGGAAAGUUCCAGGCACUUGAGGAUGAGGUUAAAUCUCAUUCUCACGAACUUGUGCGGUUGACCACGGUGUUCGACUUGAAGAAUGCUAGCAUCGAAGAAGAAAAGGAGAAAUACAAGGAAGCGCAACAAACUGUCAAAGAUUUGGAGAAGCUCCUUAAGGAGAAAAAGAAGGUCUACGAUAAGUUACAAGCAAAAUAUGAUGCUGCAAAAGCCGAACUGGAUGCGCAAACAGCCGAAGUUGAACAGAAGGAGGAACUGCUCCAAACAUUGCAGACGGGUGUGGCAUCGAAAGAUGGCCAAGAAAGUGGUUAUCAAGGUCAACUACAGGACGCUCGUAAUCGCGCCAGUGCCGCAGCCACUGAACAAGAGCAAGCAAAGCUCAAGAUUGCACACUUGGAAAAGCGAAUCAAGGAAGAGGAACCCAGAGCCAAGAAAGCAAAGGAGCAGAACUCCGGUCUCCUGAAGGAACUUGAGGGCCUUAAGUCUCAAGCCAAGAAAUUAGAUGCGGAGCUGGCAAGACUUGGUUUUGAACCAGGAAGAGAAGAGCAGCUCUAUCAGGAGCAAACGGCGUUACAGAAGGAAAUUCGUGAGUUGCGUCAGCGAGCCGAUGGUCUUCAAAGGAAGGUUGCAAAUAUCGAUUUCCAAUAUGCCGACCCUCAUCCGAACUUUGAUAGAUCCAAGGUUAAGGGCUUGGUCGCUCAGCUCUUUACGCUCGACAAAGAGAAGCUCCAAGCUUCAACGGCCCUUGAAAUCUGUGCUGGUGGCCGCUUGUACAAUGUUGUAGUCGACAGCGCCGAGACCGGAACGCAGCUGCUGCAAAAGGGAAAGCUGCGCAAGCGCGUAACAAUCAUUCCUUUGAACAAGAUAUCAUCAUUCAAAGCUUCCGCCGAGAAGAUCGGGGCGGCGCAAAACAUUGCUCCCGGCAAGGUGGACCUUGCCUUGUCGCUUAUUGGAUACGAUGAGGAAGUUACAUCGGCUAUGAACUACGUCUUUGGCAACACCUUGAUCUGUAACGACGCAGAAACUGCGAAGAAGGUGACUUUCGACCCCUCAGUUCGUAUCAAGAGUGUCACACUGGAUGGCGAUGUUUACGACCCUUCCGGUACCCUAUCUGGUGGUAGUUCGCCGAACUCGAGCGGUGUCCUCAUUACCUUGCAGAAACUAAACGAGGUUACAAAGGAAAUCCGGAGCAAGGAGCGGCUACUUGCUACUCUGGAAGAAACGAUGAGAAAGGAAAAGAAGAAGCUUGAUGCAGUCCGUACGAUCAAGCAGGAGUUGGACCUCAAGACUCACGAGAUUAAACUUACAGAGGAACAGAUCAGCAACAACUCUUCCUCAUCGAUUAUUCAUGCUGUCGAGGAGAUGAAAGCAAAUAUUGAGCAGCUCAAGAAAGACAUUUCCGACGCAAAAGCUCGUCAGGCGGAAGCAUCCAAGGAUAUCAAGCGAAUCGAGAAAGACAUGAGCGAAUUCAAUGACAACAAAGACAGCAAACUCGCGGAACUACAGGAAUCCUUAGAUUCCCUGAAGAAGAGUCUCGCUAAAAAUUCGAAUUCGGUCAAGACGUUACAGAAAGAACUACAAGCGUCUCGACUGGAGUCGGAGCAAGUAGGAAGCGAUCUCUCAGCUGCCGAAGAACAGAGCGCCGAGGCCGAGAAUGCUCUCAAUGCCCAAAAGGAAGAAGUCAAAUCGCUCAAAAGAGAACAGGCACGGAUCAAGGAUGCCCACGAUAUUGCCCAGGCUCACCUCGACGACGAAAGAGCUAAGCUUACUGGUUUCGAUGAGGAGCUACGAGAACUUGAGCAGACAAUGCAGGCAAAGAACUCACAGAUCACUGAAGAGGGCCUUGAACUGCAGAAGCUCGGCCAUCAGCUUGAGAAACUACAGAAAGACCAACAGGCUGCAGCUCAGACAGUUGCCCAUAUGGAGGAAGAACACGAGUGGAUCGAGGACGAGAAAGAUAAUUUCGGCCGUCCCAACACUCCCUAUGACUUCAAGAACCAGAACAUUGCGGAAUGCAAGGCCACCCUACGGAAUCUCACGGAACGUUCUCAGGGCAUGAAGAAGAAGAUCAAUCCUAAGGUCAUGAACAUGAUCGAUAGCGUGGAGAAGAAGGAGGCUGCCCUAAAGAAUAUGAUGAAGACUGUGGUUCGUGACAAGCGUAAGAUUGAAGAGACCAUUCUCAAUCUGGACGAGUACAAGAAGGAGGCUCUUCACAAUACCUGGACCAAAGUCAACGGCGACUUCGGUCAGAUCUUCGCAAUGCUUCUUCCCGGCAGUUUCGCUAAGCUGGAUCCUCCAGAGGGCAAGGAGAUCACGGAUGGCCUGGAAGUUAAGGUGCAACUUGGCAAGGUUUGGAAACAGAGCUUAACAGAACUGAGUGGUGGACAAAGAUCUCUCAUUGCUCUUUCCCUCAUUAUGGCUCUCUUGCAAUUCAAGCCGGCGCCCAUGUACAUUCUGGACGAAGUCGAUGCUGCCCUGGAUCUGUCUCAUACACAGAACAUUGGUCGCUUAAUCAAGACGCGCUUCAAGGGAUCCCAAUUCAUCGUUGUGUCUCUAAAGGACGGCAUGUUCCAAAACGCCAACCGUAUCUUCAAGACGAGAUUCAGCGAAGGAACCAGUGUGGUUCAAGCUUUGACUCCAGCCGACUUGAAGUAA